GAAGAAGAAGAAGAGGAGGGGAAAGGAGGAGAGAGGCCACGGCAGACACUCAACUGAGACAAAAGUAUCUCCAAACCAGCACCCAACUCCACCUUGGGAGGCGGGCGCCUCAGCAUGGCUUCCGAGGAACUCUACGAGGUAGAGAAAAUUGUUGAUAAAAGGAAAAACAAGAAGGGGAAAACGGAAUAUUUAGUGCGGUGGAAAGGCUACGAGAGUGAAGAUGACACAUGGGAGCCUGAACAGCACCUUGUGAAUUGUGAGGAAUAUAUACAUGAAUUCAACAGACAUCACAACGAAAAGCAAAAAGAAAGCACAUUAACAAGGACAAAUAGGACAUCUCCAAAUAAUGCAAGAAAGCAAAUUUCUAGAUCUACUAAUAGUUCUUUUUCAAAGACCCCAAAGUCCUUAGUUAUUGGAAAGGACCAUGAAUCAAAAAACAAUCAGUUGUUUGCAGCGCAGAAGUUUCGGAAAAACAACACUCCUCUUUCCAGUAGAAAAAACAUGGACCUUGCAAAGUCAGGUAUUAAAAUUCUUGUGCCCAAAAGUCCUAUCAAGAGUCGGACAGCAGUGGAUGGCUUUCAAAGUGAAAGCCCGGAUAAGCUGGACCGCAUUGAACAAGAUCAGGAGGAUUCUGUAGCACCGGAAGUGGCAGCAGAGAAACCCGUUGGAGCUUUAUUAGGACCUGGAGAAGAACGGGCUAGGAUGGGGAGCAGACCAAGAAUACACCCAUUAGUGCCACAAAUACCUGUGCCAGUAACAGCUACCAUUGCAUCUGCAUUAACAAUAAAUGGUAAAGCAUCUCCCUGUAUUCUUCCCAGUGUUCUUUACUUCCUAUUUUCUUGUACAUCUACCUUUAUAGAAGCGUUGUCCACAAACGGUACCAACAUACAAGCAUCAGUAACAGGAGUUACAGCCAGCAAACGAAGAUUUAUCGAUGAAAGGAGGGACCAGCCUUUUGAUAAAAGGCUACGCUUCAGUGUGAGGCAAACGGAAAGCGCUUACCGGUACAGAGACAUUGUUGUCAGAAAACAGGAUGGCUUCACACACAUUUUGUUAUCAACAAAAUCAUCAGAGAACAAUUCAUUAAAUCCAGAGGUAAUGAAAGAAGUCCAAAGUGCACUGAACACAGCAGCCGCUGAUGACAGCAAGCUUGUCCUCCUCAGUGCCGUUGGCAGCGUUUUCUGCUGUGGCCUUGACUUCAUUUAUUUUAUUCGACGCUUAACAGAUGAUAGAAAAAGGGAAAGUACUAAGAUGGCAGAUGCUAUUAGGAAUUUUGUAAAUACUUUCAUUCAGUUUAAGAAGCCCAUCAUCGUAGCUGUAAAUGGCCCGGCCAUUGGACUAGGAGCAUCUAUAUUACCUCUGUGUGAUGUGGUUUGGGCUAAUGAGAAGGCUUGGUUUCAGACUCCGUAUACGACGUUUGGGCAAAGCCCUGAUGGAUGUUCAUCCCUUACAUUCCCAAGAAUAAUGGGCCUGGCAUCUGCGAAUGAAAUGUUAUUCAGUGGAAGGAAACUGACUGCACAAGAAGCAUGUGCCAAGGGACUGGUGUCGCAAGUUUUUUGGCCAGGAACAUUCACACAAGAAGUCAUGGUUCGAAUUAAGGAACUUGUCACAUGUAAUUCAGUUGUACUUGAAGAAUCCAAAGGUUUAGUUCGUAGUAUUAUGAAGGUGGACUUGGAACAAGCAAAUGACAAAGAGUGUGAAGUUCUAAAGAAAAUUUGGGGUUCUGCUCAAGGAAUGGACUCAAUGUUGAAAUACUUGCAGAGGAAGAUUGAUGAAUUUUGAAGAGAUGCUCAUUGACACUGGAAUUGUAUUUACUUUGGGACAUCUGGGUUUUAUGGAUGCUCUAAACGAAUUUAAAAGUCCGACGCUCAGAAAAGAGUGGGACUAAAGCUUGAGGAGAACUUCUUUUUAUUGUCAAGGUUUUUUUAAAAAAAAUUAAAGAAGUACUGUAUGUUAAGCAUUGAACAAAUUUCCUUUCUCCAUAUAUAGAUUAUAAAUAUAUAUAUUAUAUUUCUUUAUAUACACGAACUAAAAAAAAACUAUAAUGGAGUGCACUACCAAACUUUUGUCUUCUACUUUAUCAUUGGCUAGUACUGUAUCAGAAGAAAAAGGUGGAUAAAAUGAGGUGUUGCGUUAUUUUGUAUGUGGCAGGAAGGUCCUGAAGCAAUGAGAUAUUUUUCCACUAGAGUACAGAAUUGAAGCGGGUAUUGGCCAGCCCUUACUUUCACUGCCCAAAAAGAGUUAGUUGAGAAGAGGCGUUGCCUUGAAUUCUGAGGAAGGUUCUAAAUACCUCAAAUAAUGAUGCAUUCAGAAAAAACAAUUAUUUUUUAAAAGAAAACCCUGUAAUUAAAUGGUCUAUUUUCUCUGCCUCUUCUCCCUGCCACCCCCCCCAUCCCCACCUCCUUAAAAAAAUGAGUGUGCUCAGGAUUUAUGCUAUAAAAAACACUCAGCCCUUCUUGUUUGGGGGAGGAUGCCCAAUUCCUACCCGGAGAGCAUAAAGAAGCCAGUCUGUCGUUGAAAAAGAAGCUUCAUUUGCAGUAUUAGUGAAUCACUGAAAUACCAUAUAUACUAUGGAUAGCUUAGUCUUAGCGGGUUUUAUUAUUUUAACUACAUAAUUGCUUCUGUUGCUGGGUGAGAAAACAACUCUAUAUAAGUUUUUUUUGUUGUUUUUUGGUUCUUUGGUUUGCUCUUUUUGUUCUUCUGUUUGAAUUACACCAAAAAAAUGUAUUUUAUUUUAUUUAAUAAGUUAAAAUUUCUUUUGGCACACUAUUAAAUAUUCCCUUUCUUUACAACAAAAAAAACCACCUUACCUUAUAUUAGAUGUUUAAUAUCUUUUGUUUUUAGUUUGAAUUAUACACUAUGGCCCUGAUCCAGAGAUCUUUCCAUGCAGCAGCAGCAGGCUGCAUGCAUUCUGCAGUGGAUGAGAAUCUCCACUGCCAGACGAUCAGCACUGUCAGCUGAUUUCAUGUCAGAGUGGGUUCUUGAAAUCGGCUCCUCUGCCUUCAAGUUAGAAGAAUCAUCCAUCUGUUUGGCAGUGCGUACUUGAUACAAGAAUACCACACUGCAACACCCAGAUGCUGGAUGCAAUUUUCUCUUCCCCGCCCCCCCCCCCCCGCACAGUGCCCUUUUGUGCUCAUGGGACUGCAUCCAGAAUGGCACUAUGCCCAUGAAAGCUUGUUUUCCAUGUGCAGAUUGCCAUUAUUGGAUCAGCAUGCAUAAAAUAUGCAGUAUUGAUGCACAAGAGUGACCUUUGUAAACAAUACCUAUUUUGCAUUCCUUUCAGGGGUGUGUGAUGAUUCCCGACUCCAGAUAUCUAUACUUGGGUAUCUGUUUGCAAUCUUACUGAAUGUAUGAAGAAUAGGGGCGGGUGGGUGGGGGGAAGGAAUCAAACAUUAUUUUUGUACAGUUUGGAACUUUAUACUUGGAGCCUGACCACCUCAUCCUAGUGGAGAGUUGUACAGUGUGUAAAUCUGCUUUUACCUUGGAUUGGUACAGUAUUUUUGCAUCUGUGGGACCUACUUUUUUGUUGUUCUAGUAGUUUGAACUAUAUAUAAACUGUACAAUCUGUAAAGUUUUUAUAGAAUAAAUAUUCAGCUGUGAACUGGUUAAAAUAAAACUAAUAUUUCUUAA